AUGUCGUUUGGUGACGAGCUUUGCAGCCACCAGCGACGAGAGGCCGGCAAUGGCGGCACUAAAACUGCCCCAAUAAAGCUGGCCAUAGAUCAGGGCGCCGCGGGACACGGUCAGAGCGCGGGACGUGACUGCGCAUCAGGUAGCGGGAUGCGGGCCUCACACGCCGAAGGUCAGGAUAAUCCUAUUGACAGAUCGUGGAUUUCGAUUUCGGAAAUCAAUUACGCACCGCCGGAAUACGUUGAGAAUAGCUGCCGUUCAACGGAACCCUUGUUUGAGCGUCAAAAUGUUCACUACGGUUCGAAGCUGGUU